AUGGCAGCAGCAAUUGACGAAGGCGUAGGUAAAGUCCGUCGACCGGAACUUUCGCAUAAAAUCGAUGUUGAAGUUACUAUCAACGAUGCGAUAUUACUUUCAUCUGAAGAAGGUGUUAUAACAGCACUUGAUGAUCGAACUGUGCGUAUUUGGUUGCGAAGACAAACAGGAAAAUAUUGGCCGUCUGUCUGCUAUACAUUAGAGAGUACGCCAUCAGCAAUAUUUUAUCAUGAGGCAACCCGUCGUCUUUUCUGUGGCUGUGAUUCUGGUCUACUACAUGAAUUUAUCGUCGCCGAAGAUUUUAAUAAAGUCACUCUGAAAUCGACUUAUCUCGGUCAUCAGACUCGUGUUCAUGCUAUUGUGUUUUCACCACAGAAUGAUUUACUAUUAAGCGUUUGCCGUGAGAAGAAGCUCAAUUGGUAUUCCACAAACGCAUCCAGUGAAAACCAUGAACAUGUACUUGGAACUUAUACAUUGCCCUCAUGGGGUAUGUCAAUAGCAAUUGAUGAAUCAUCUCGACAAUGUUUUGUGGGGGAUUCGAAUGGAACAAUACAUUUCUUGAAGAUUGACACUGAUAGCAAAUGCCAAGUGAUUACUACGUUAAAAGGACAUACAGGAAGUAUUCAAAAUCUUCUAUGGGAUUCAACUACAGAGUGGCUAUUUUCGAGUAGUUUCGAUACAUCUGUAGUUGUGUGGGAUGUGGGCGCUCAUCAAGGUCUGGCUGUUGAAUUGAAUGGUCAUUCAGAUCGUUUAGUUGGAAUAUCGUACGAUAAUUUACGCAAACUUUUAAUCACUUGUUCAGCUGAUGGUCAUAUUGGUGUAUGGCCAAUGAAUGUUAAGCGAAGUGAAACACCCAAAUGGCUUGAAAGUGAUUGUUGUCAGAUAUGUCGUUUACCAUUUUUUUGGAAUUUACGCGCAAUGUGGACACAAAAACAGAUUGGAAUGAGACAGCAUCAUUGUCGAAAAUGUGGCCGAGCUGUAUGUGAUAAAUGUUCACAAACACGUACUGCUCUACCAUUGUUAGGUUACGAAACGGUUCAACGUGUUUGUAAUGAUUGCGUACGUACAUUAAGGAACGAUGAAACGGUACCACUUGCUUCGUUUUAUGAUGCACGUCAAGGAACAAUUAGAAUGGAUUAUAGUCAAGGGAAAAAGGUCAUGAUGACGGUUGGAACAGAUCGAACAAUUAAAAUUUGGGAUAUGUCAUCGGUCGUGUAA